AUGUCCCAGAAAAGAGAAGCAAAUGAUAGUUUGCAGCCAAUAAACUCGUUCACAAAAGAAAAUCUAGGCAAGGACGAUGUCAUCACUGCUUUUACUUCUCCCAAUGGGAGAGUGGUAAAGGUAACAGGAGACGUCGACGAAGCCAUGAAAGUGGCGUUGGAAAUUGACGAAGACAUAGUUUUGGACGAAGAAACCAACAAAAGACUUUUGAGAAAAAUCGACAUGUUUCUUCUUCCUCUCAUUUGCUUAUUGUAUGCGUUUCAGUUCAUGGAUAAAACCACCACGUCGUAUGCUGCCGUGAUGGGGUUCAAGCAGGACUUUGAUAUGGUUGGCGAUAUGUACUCGUGGUGUGGAACUGCAUUUUACAUUGGGUACUUGGCAUUUGAAUUUCCUGCCAAUGCUAUACUUCAACGGUUUCCACUUGCAAAGGCAACUUCUGCCUUUAUCAUUGUAUGGGGUAUUAUUUUGUGUUUGCAUGCGGUUCCCAAAACUUAUGCUGGAGUGAUCACAUUGAGAACAGUCUUGGGUAUACUUGAGUCUGCAGUUACUCCUGCCAUGGUGAUUUUCACAAGUCAAUGGUAUAAAGCCGAAGAGCAGUUUCUACGCACUGCGCUUUGGUUUUCUUGCAAUGGACUCGGAAUCAUCAUUGGAGGAGCAAUUGCAUAUGGUGUAGCAUCUCAUGAGGCUCAUUAUUCUCUUGAAGCAUGGAAAGUUCUCUUCAUCACAACUGGUCUCAUGACUAUUGUGGUUGGAAUUCUAUUUGCAAUUCACAUUCCUGAUAACCCAUCAAAAGCGUGGUUCUUGACUCCUACUGAAAAGAAAUUGGUGGUGGAAAGAAUUAGGUCCAAUCAGCAAGGAUUUGGAAACAAGCACUUUAAAAUCCAUCAGUUCAAAGAAGCAAUGCUUGAUGUCAAUACUUGGCUCUAUUUCUUGUUUGCAAUUGCCUCAAACAUUCCUAAUGGUGCACUCACCAACUUUGGAAGCAUUUUGUUGAAUUCUGACUUUGGCUACACCCCCAAAAAUUCACUUUUGAUGAAUAUGCCAUGCGGAGGUGUUGAAUUCGUUGGUUGUAUUUUGUUUGCAGCCAGCCACUCGUUUGUUCCUCAUCGUAUGGCUAUCUCGUUCACAGCAAUGGCACUUGCUUUAGCGGCUUCAUGUAUGUUGGCAUUUGCUGGCCCAAAAGAAGUGAGGCUCGCUGGUUACUACUUGAUGUACGUUUACCCCACCACCAUGAUCUGUGCUUUAUCAUGCUUUGCCUCCAACACAGCUGGUCAUACCAAGAAGAUAACCACUAAUGCGGUGUUCUUGAUUGGAUACUGUGUGGGAAACCUUAUAGGUCCUCAGACGUUUGUUGAAAAACAAGCUCCAUCAUAUACUGGAGGAAAGAUCAGUUUUGUUGUUUGUGACUGUAUUACAUUGAUUCUUAUUGCUGCUAUCUACUACAACUACUGGCUCGGCAACAGAAGAAAGGAAAAGGAAUUGGUUCUUUUGAAAGAAACCUCGCUCGAUGAUCUUGAAUAUUACGAAUUUGCUGACAUGACAGAUAAAGAGAACCCAUAUUUUAGAUACCGUCUUUAG